AUGUACAAAGUGCUGGCCAUUUUAUCUUUGGCCGACCUAGUUGUCUGUCACGGUCACAUCCCCAAUAUCGUAAUCAAUGGAGUGUUCUAUCAGGGCUGGAAUAUUGGCUCGUUCCCGUACCUGUCCAACCUUCCACUUGUUUACCGGAUAUCAUUUGCCACAUGCAUGUAUACUACUAUAAACGCCAAGGGCUAUAUUGUCGUUGCCUCCGCGGAUAAAAUCAACGUUCAGUAG